AUGAAAUUCAUUACAGCAGCAAAAGCAUACACAAAAACAGAAUGUGAACACUACAUGAGAGGCCUUGAUAGAAUUGACAGACGCAUUAGACCCUAUUUAGAAAAAGCCAAGUAUGAAACUUGGGCAAGAUCAUACUCGCCAACAAAAAGAUACACCAUGAUGACAUCCAACAUCGCAGAAUCACUCAACGCUGCACUAAUAGCUGCAAGAAAUCUCCCCAUUGAUAUCUUGGUUGAAUGCUUUAGAAGUUUGGUUCAAAAGUGGGUUUGGAACAACUCAAAUAAUGCAAACGGAACAUUCACAAAAGUCUCUACAACAAUAGAGAAUGAAUUGAGACAUGACAUUGUUUCAAAAAUGAAGUAUGAGGUCUUGCCUUUCAACACAAUAGAAUACCAAGUUCAUGAUCAAAAGGGGAUAAAUUUCACAAUAAAUAUACAUAAUAGAACAUGUACUUGCAAUAGGUUCCAAGAAGAUGAAAUGCCUUGUGGGCAUGCAGUAGCUGUCAUUGCAAAGAGAAACUUGAGCGUGUAUGAUUAUUGUGCAAAGUUCUACAGAACAGAAACGUUGAAAGCAUUAUAUCAAGAAAAUAUUCAUCAUUUUCCCCAUAAAGAUGAAUGGAAUCUCCCACAACACUUGGACAUAAUUGUGCUGCCUCCAAAUGCAACAAUCCCUGCAGGAAGACCAAGAAAGAAAAGAAUAAGAUCAAGAGGGGAACCUAAAGUAAUAAUCACCUGUGGGAAAUGUGGGCAACCAGGGCAUAACAGGAAGACUUGCAGGAAUCCUCCAAUUGAGAAGCCAAACAAACAGAAAAAGCCAAAGACAUAG